GUUCUCUCUCUCCGAUGAGCUGCUUUUUAACGCCUAUUUCUCCUUAUUUAUCUCCAACAUCAAAACCCACUUCUUCACUACUCAACUCACUUUCAUUCUCUCUCAAAAUGGCUUCGAAUUUCUCGCUCAUCCUUUGCAUUUUCUUCCUCUUCUCCAUCUCUGCCACUCAUGCUGCCUCCCACCGCGGCGCCGCCGCUCCGGCGCCUUCCGUCGACUGCUCCAGCUUGGUAUUGAACAUGGCAGACUGUUUGUCUUAUGUUUCGAACGGCAGUACAACAGCCAAGCCAGAGGGUACUUGUUGCUCUGGAUUGAAAACUGUGUUGAAAUCUGAUCCAGAGUGCCUCUGUGAAGCUUUCAAGAGUAGUUCUCAGUUGGGUGUUGUGUUGAAUGUCACUAAAGCUCUUACUCUUCCUGAUGCAUGCAAACUCCAUGCUCCUCCUGUCUCUAAUUGUGGAUUAUCUUUGGCUCCUGCUGGUGCGCCUGGUGUAUCUCCACCCUCUAUCGCUGCUGCACCUACUACGGACUCCGGAUUGAACGUCCAAGCACCAGCACCAUCUCCAGGAUCCUCAGGGAGCUCAAGUUCUCAUGGGUUAUCUAUCUCAAUGGGAUCUCUAUUCAUUGGCUUUGUACUUGCAGCCUUCUCUAGUUUUUGAGUAGUGAAUUCGAUACCAUUUUGAGCCGGAGCGCAGAGGAGUUUAUAUAUCAUAUGAGGAACUAAUUUGAUGUUUAGCAUGGAUUUGGUAUUUUGAGUACUUGUAGUGAUCCUCUUUUUUUCUGCAUUUGUGUGAGUGCAGCAGAUAUGGAUUCAUUGUGGCUUAGCCAAAACUUGUUUUUGUGGGUUGAAUAUCUUUUCGGUAUAUAAUGUUAAUGCUUGUUUCUA